CCUGGCAUGAUCUUGGCCAUUUCACAUGUAAGCUAAACAAAAUGGGACUUGGUGAUAAGGUUUUCGCUGCUUCCGAUCCUAAAGAAGAGCUAAAGGUUGAAACAUUAGAAGAAAAUGAAAUAAUAGCAAAAGCAGAUGAAGUUAGUUUUUGUGAUGAAAAAUCUGGUGAAGUGGGUGAAGUAGACAAAAAUUUAAAUGAAGGGAGUCAGAAACCACCAGAUCAAGACUGUAUGUGUUUUUGUUUUUGUGAGGAUCCUGAGGAUAGUGAAAAUCCAGAGGAUGAUAAAAAAGAGGGUGCUGGUGAUCCCGACUGUGCCUGCUUUUGCUUUUGUGAAGACCCUAAAGAACCAGAGGAGCUGGUCGAUCCUUUAGAAGAGCUUAGGAAAUCAUGUGCUGAAAAGGAAGAAUGCAGUAAAUUAAAGGACAAACUAGACAGCUGCAGUGCUCGUGUGGAUAGCAAAAGUCAAACUUCAGAAACUUGUGUAGAAGAACUAAUAGAUUUUAUGCAUUGUCUAGACCAUUGUGCAUCAAAGACCCUUUUUUCAAAGUUGAAGUAAUGUGUUAGAACUGGCCAAGAAUAGUGAUAGUUUGCAUUUGAUCAGCUUAUUCUGCACAGGAUAACUGAAUGCAUAACAUAAAUUAUUAAAGAUGGAUUAUAAUUUAGGGUUUUUUUUGUAGGAUGUUUAUACAAAAGUGCUUUGAAAUGUGGUGUCACUGAGUUGACAGUGUCAUGACUGAAGGUAUCAGCCAUGUAUGAGCAAGUUAACUUAUGUAUGGGCUAGUGAGGGAAAGGUUAAGUUCACUGUUUGAAUUGUUACAUUGUCAAUAAAAAUGAUUUUUAUGAAC